ACACACCUCCUCCCCGGAAAAACCCGCCAAAUCGGUUACAGCUUGUUCGUCAGUCACCAACCAGUCGAGAACCAAAGCCAGAAAAUAACUGCUGAAAACAACGAGAACUCUCUCUCUCUCUCUCUCGGAAAACCAAAGGAAGAAGGGUCUGAUCUCUGCAAAACCAGAAUCUAGGGUUAGCGUUGGAUUAAAGCGGGUAAUGAGAUUAGGGUUUUAAACCUUUUUCUCCUUUCUGCUUUCAAUGUCCCAAACACCAGAGAUUAAGGUUAGGGUUUGGUUAGAUCUGUUACGGAAGCCCUAGAUUCCUCUCUACAUUUUGAUCUCCUCUCUGAUGGCGAUCAUAGGCGACGCUCUCCGCCAGGCUUUCAUGCCGAAGCAUGAGUAUGAGAGCCUCCGCGAAGAGGAGAAGGCGUGGGGGCGUCUCCAGAGACCGCUUCUCAUGUUCUUUGUCACGGUCGUCUGGUUCGCUGUCAUUGUAUCUGCUUUCGCCAGCUUGAAGAUUGUCUUCCCUGCGGAUGAUGGGAGCCGUAGCUUCUGCCAUACCGGGGAUCGCCGGAUCCAGGCAGCGCUGCCGAUGAAUGCCACCCGGGACCCGGAUCGGUUUCCAGGUGCAUUUUAUCUGACAGAGGAGGAGGCAGCGGACUACUACUGGAUGGUUGUGUUUGUGCCGUCAGCAAUCGUCUUCUUUGCAUCGGUGGUUUACCUUUUUGCAGGAAUUGCUGUUGCUUAUUCCGCUCCAAUAAGACAUGGAUGCCUGAAGGUAGUUGAAAAUAAUUACUGCGCUUCAAAGAGGGGAGGUGUCCGCUGCCUAUCAAUUCUCAACACAGUCUUUGCUGUUAUUUUUGCUCUCCUCGCAAUGUUUCUCGGCUCCAGCCUCCUAACGCUUGGGAGCAGCUGCUCUUCAGCCUUGUUCUGGUGCUAUGAGAUCGCUUCGUGGGGCCUGGUCAUCCUGUAUGGGGGCACUGCCUUCUUCCUGCGAAGAAAAGCAGCCGUUAUUCUCGACGAAAGUGACUUUGCAGGCCGGAAUCUCGGGCUGGAGAUGUUGGAGGCACCCCCAGAAGUGACACCUGAGAUAGAGAGGCGGGUGAACGAGGGAUUCAAGGCAUGGAUGGGGUCGUCCCUCCUCUCCUCAGACGAAGAAGAUGGGCCUGAUGAUUAUCUGGAGGCUUAUUCAAUCCAAGUUGAUUCUAGCCAUCAACGAGUGUGAACCAUCCAUUCCAUCAUCUGGUUUAUCAAUUAUUUCCUGGGUUUAGUCUUGUGGGUGUCUGACGGAUUUCCAGAAGUGACGGUGGGGAUAAGCAUGCUUAGUCAUGGAUCAUGAAAACCACUAGUUUCUCUGUUGGAGUAAAAUGAAGUGGGUCCAAUGGGUACCAAUGGCUGGGAUCUUACACAGGCUAGAAACUCAAAAUUUCCAGAGAAGAAGCCACUUACACUUGUUUACUAAUUGCCGAAAAAUUGCCAAAUGUGGAAGGAAUCAUGGAAUGUAUGUAAGCAUUGAAAUCCAUCCGAUUUCACUCUUUUACUCAACCCUUUUGUACUGAUGAAUCUACUAACCAUAAGCAUACACGAGUAAUGGGCACUGUUCUGGUAUCUCUUGGAAUUUCUUAAUGAGGAAAGGAUCCUGUUAAUUGCUUA